GACGGAGUCACAGAAACAGGAGCUAUGGCAACAUCAGCGCUAGAGGCUUGAGGAGAAAGACCUGAAGAGAAAGAAAGACUUAAAGAGGUAUGGUUUUUCUUACAGAAGAAUAUCCACUUAUUUCAUGAUGGCAUUUGCACCCCCAAAAAACACAGAUGGUCCCAAAAUGCAGACAAAGAUGAGUACCUGGACACCCCUAAACCAUCAGCUUUUGAAUGACCGGGUAUUUGAAGAAAGAAGAGCUCUUCUUGGAAAAUGGUUUGACAAAUGGACGGAUACUCAGAGGAGAAGAAUCCUGACAGGCUUGUUAGAACGCUGCUCCCUGUCACAGCAAAAGUUCUGCUGUCGAAAGCUUCAGGAGAAAAUUCCAGCAGAAGCUCUGGAUUUUACUACCAAGCUCCCAAGGGUGUUAUCUUUAUAUAUCUUUUCCUUCCUGGACCCCCGAAGCCUUUGUCGCUGUGCACAGGUCAGCUGGCAUUGGAAGAACUUAACUGAACUGGAUCAGCUCUGGAUGCUAAAAUGUUUACGGUUUAACUGGUACAUCAAUUUCUCCCCAACUCCCUAUGAGCAGGGUGUGUGGAAGAAGCAUUAUAUUCAAAUGGUGAAAGAACUCCAUGUUACCAAGCCCAAGACACCUCCAAAAGAUGGGUUUGUGAUCGCGGAUGUUCAGCCCAUUAGAAGCAGUUCUCCAGGGGGAAAGCUGUCUCCUUCAUCCGCUUUCCGAUCCUCUUCCUCUUUGAGAAAGAAGAACCACCCAGGGGAGAAAGAACUCCCACCCUGGAGGUCUUCUGACAAGCAUCCAACUGAUAUCAUUCGCUUCAAUUACCUGGACAACUGUGACCCCAUUGAACACAGCUGGCAAGGAAGAAGGAAAAGACAUGAAAUGACUCUGGCUUUCAACCGACAGUCUCGUGAUAAGAAAAAUAAAUCACAGGACAGAUCUAAACUAAGAAAAGCACAGUCGCUGAGCUCCUUAAAUGCAGAACCCAGGGCCUCCCUACACGUUCCAGCUCACCUUGCUUGGCUUCCUCACCAGCCACUGGGCCUCCCAGCCACUGAGGCAGCAACAAAAACUCUCACACAGCAUCUCCAGAGGCUCUCUGGACUUCAGUCAUCACCCCAGGCCUUCCAGCAGCAGCUGAUGCAAAAAAAUGUGAAAAGAUUUUUCCAAAAGCGACAAGAUGCUCUACACAGAGACGUGGAUGUCACUUGGAUCCUCGCUUAGAAACGGCUUAGGAACCUUAUUAUGAAAGCAAGUCCUGCAGUAUUUCAGGAACAAGUAUAAACUUAGGAAUGUGAUGAUAGAUACCAUGGAGUGGAUAAAGGGACAUAUGAUAGUGUCCCUGGUGAGGUUGGCUGUGUGAGGCCAGGUCCGAGAAGGAUAUAACGAGCACAUCCCCAAGGCUUCACAAGCGGUUUAGGAUUGGGACGAUUGACUGUGGUGUCAUAG